CAUUACGUCACGGAGAUUCACUUGCUCGCAAAGGCUGAUGGGAAAGCUGUGCGGUUUUGGAGACAUUUUGCAUUUAAAGGGGCUGGGCUAGCCGAAGGUUCUGGCUGUCGGUUUCCCUGAGCAACUGUAAAGAUGUCCACAAUGGUGUAUGCCCGGGAAGAGAAGCUCGAAAAGCUCUCUCAAGAGGAGAUCAUAUCCAACACCAAACUGGUGAUUCAGGGUUUAGAAGCCCUCAAGAAUGAGCACAACUCCAUUCUCCACAGUCUCGUGGAGACUAUCAAGUGCCUGAAAAAGGACGAAGAGGCCAACCUGGUGCAUGAGAAGUCCAACCUGCUGCGCAAGUCAGUGGAGAUGAUUGAGCUGGGACUUGGUGAAGCACAGGUGAUGAUGGCUCUGUCCAACCACCUGAAUGCGGUGGAGUCAGAGAAGCAGAAGCUGCGCGCACAGGUGAGGAGGCUUUGCCAGGAGAACCAGUGGCUGCGGGAUGAGCUAGCCAACACCCAACAGAAGCUGCAAAAGAGCGAGCAGAGCGUAGCUCAGCUCGAGGAAGAAAAGAAACAUCUGGAGUUCAUGAACCAGCUCAAGAAAUAUGAUGAAGACGUCUCCCCCACCCAGGAGGAAAAGGACAGAGAAACACCAAAGGACUCGCUGGAUGAUCUCUUCCCUAAUGAUGAAGAGGAGCAUGGCCAAGGAAUGCAACAUCAACACAACAGUGCAGCAGUGGCUGCAGCCCAGCAAGGCGGCUAUGAGAUCCCAGCUCGUUUGAGAACACUACACAACCUGGUGAUCCAAUACGCUUCUCAGGGCAGGUACGAGGUCGCUGUGCCCCUCUGCAAGCAAGCGUUGGAGGACCUGGAGAAAACCUCUGGACACGACCACCCCGAUGUGGCUACUAUGCUCAACAUCUUGGCUUUAGUUUAUAGGGAUCAAAAUAAAUACAAAGAGGCUGCACAUCUUCUCAACGAUGCUCUUUCUAUCCGGGAGAAGACCCUGGGGAAAGACCAUCCUGCUGUUGCUGCAACAUUGAACAACCUGGCCGUACUCUAUGGAAAGAGGGGGAAGUACAAGGAGGCCGAGCCUCUGUGCAAGAGGGCUCUGGAGAUCAGAGAGAAGGUCUUGGGGAAGGACCAUCCCGAUGUGGCCAAACAGCUGAACAACUUGGCUCUGCUGUGUCAGAAUCAAGGCAAGUACGAAGAGGUGGAAUACUACUACUGCCGUGCCCUGGAGAUCUACGAGUGUAGGCUGGGCCCGGAUGAUCCCAACGUGGCCAAAACCAAGAAUAAUCUGGCGUCCUGCUUCCUCAAACAGGGAAAAUACAAGGAAGCUGAGAUUCUCUACAAAGAGAUUCUGACUCGAGCCCAUGAGAAGGAGUUUGGAUCUGUUGAUGCUGAAAACAAACCUAUCUGGAUGCACGCCGAGGAAAGAGAGGAGAUGAGCAAGGGCAAGCACAGGGACAACACGCCCUAUGGAGAGUAUGGAGGCUGGUACAAGGCCUGCAAAGUCAACAGCCCCACCGUGAACACGACGCUGAGGAACCUGGGGGCUCUGUACCGCCGUCAGGGCAAGCUUGAAGCUGCCGAUACCUUGGAGGAGUGUGCCGUUAGAUCCCGCAAGCAGAGCAACACAGGUAUUGACCCCAUCCAUCAGACACGCAUGGUGGAGAUCCUGAAGGACGCAGAUGGUGACAGGCGAAGGAGCCGGGAGAGCCUGGCCAGUGUCAAGUACGAGAGCGGCUCCGAAGCUGGCGAGGAAGUGAGUAUGGGCGUGGAGUGGAACGGGGCCUAAGCCAUCAAGAUUAUCCCUCCAUCCCUCUCUCCCUCCCUCAACCAAUUGCUAAAGGAUAUGUGUUGUCGCCUCUCUCCGUUGCCCUCGCCCCCCUUCUCCCCAGCAGAGAGAGCCCCUCUUCCCCUCCCUCAGCUGUCACAUCAGUCCGCGGUCCGACCGAGAGCUACCGGGACGUUUGGUCUUCUCAUCUUGGCCCCUCCUGGUUUUUCGUCUCUCUCUCUGGCACUAUCCUUUCCCUCUGCUAACCUUAUGUUGGAAAUUUCCCUGAGUGCGGUUGUGUGUGUUUGUGUGUGCGCGCACGGCUGUGUGCGUAACCUCAGUCUCGCUCCCUUCAUUUUCUUUCCCUCAAUUGGCUUGUAUGUAUGUUGCACACAGUGUAUUCUGAAUAGACUGAAUUCCUGUCUCUCAAUUCGAAAACCAUUAUCACACUUUACUCAUUUUUAUUUAAAAGUUGCCAAGCGCUCUAUUUAGCCACAUUGUCCUUUAUUUUUAUUUUUUUUUUUAAAUAUGCAGGUUUUUUUUGUGUUUUACGUCGUGAACUAAUUUUGAGGUCAAACGCCUAAAUUGUCGUGGUACUAUAUCAUUUCUCGUUCAUAUCAAAACGUUCGCAUCUAAGUCGACCAGAGAGAAAGGGAGUCUAUUGUUCUGUUACAAAGAUUUCAAAACAAAAGAGCUUUAUUUUAUUUUGUAUGAUUUGUUUACAUUUUUGUGCACACUUUUCGUGGUUGAAUAUUAAGGCAGUCGUAUUUAAAUAAAUCGCAGAAUUGUCGGUAUCCGAUUCUGACAUCAAGCUGUUGCCAUGGUAAUUCAUUCUGCCAUUGCGAUUCCCAUUUUCAGCGUCCUUGCUCUCCUUUUCGGUGUGUUACACGCGCACGUCACACAAAAGGUUGCGCUUGCAAAUGAGAAAACAAACGGCAUGAUUUUGUUCAUCGUGUCAGGAAAGACCAAUUAGAGAUGAGAUUCAAAUGUCGCACUCUCAUAUAUGCAUUAUUGCCUUUUCUUCGUGUAAUUCAAGCAGAAGCCGCGAAUCGCAGUAACGUUUAGUGAGUGUAUUUGUGUGUACAGUCACAGCGGUCACACACUUAAACAUCGUCACCUCGGUGGAAACGUUUGUGUUUUUUUCUCCACCUCAACAUCCACAACAGCUAGUUCGAGUGUUUCACAAAGUGAAUGUUACACUUUUAACACCUUGAAAGUGUCGUCGUUGGCUGCUGUGCUCGUGCUGCAUUCACUUUCUGGCUUCAGUCUUCAACUUGCCAUGAUUCUUCAUUCCUUUCCAUGAGUGCAUCUAUACCUCUAGUAGUUCUACCCUCAGCUUUCGAAUUGACCAUGUGCAACACAUAAUUAUAAUAUCAAUAAUGUUGUGUUAGUGGAAUGCCUAUUUAUUGAACUGUCUACUCUUGACGUAUAGCUAAAGUGUGACUUCAUUUCUCCAAUGUAGAAGAAUAUUACAUUAGUAGCACUAGUAGUAGAACUGCGUCGUUAUAUUUACCAAUUUGCAUUGUGAAGAUGGUUGCAUCAACACUUGUUGGUAUCUCAAAUAAAGUUUUUUCAUUUGUGAA